CCGGUGGUGUGCGAGGGCCCAGGGUCCCUCUUCGCCUUCUCUUUCUGGUCUCGUGCUGGUCUAGGGCCGAGGAAGGGCGGGGUGAGGGCCGGCUCAGUCCCGUUCUUGUGAGUUCGUCUCAUGGCAGGGACACAUUUUCCACCUCCAAUUCCUCCGGCCCGCCCCCGCCGGUGUUUCGGUGUCUCCCAGGGCAACCGCGACGCACAGCUUCUUGGGUUUGCACAUAUCCUGUGUGCUGGCAGCAUGUUACAGCCGCCACGGCAGCGAAGUGCGAUAUUUAUACAUGCAUAUACAUAUACAGCCUAAUCCAGUGGAACAUGUUCCUUCCCGUCCCUUCCCACGGCAGGUGUUUUGGAACUAGAUGGUCUUUAAAGUCCCUUCCAACCCAAACUAUUCUAUGAUUCGAUGGUUUUCCAUUGACGUUAUUGUGUUUCUUCUCAAUGGCGUGAUUGCCUCCCUCCGCUGCAUAAAAGAGUAAUUACAAUUUGAAGAAAUGAAAAGUCUUUUUUGUUAGACGUUUCGAAGACUGUGUCUAUAAUGUUAAGAUGCUAAGUAACUUGCAUGGGUUCUUUGUGUUUCAGGUUGGUUUUGUUUUGACAUUCAUUAUUUCUUUGAAUACCGUGUGCAAUUUUAAGACUUGUUCUUUAAACCACUUAUGGUUCUAGGUCGUCAUCUAUUUAGUCUUUGUUAUACCUAAUUUUAUUCUAGAUAGCUAAUGUUCUGUAACUGUUCUGUUAUUAAUAGUUCUGUAACUGUUCUGUUAUUAAUGACUAGAAAGAAAAGCUAUGUGCAGCUUUUUACAGUGUUCAGCCUCCCAAGCUGUUGGAGUAUUUUCUACUAACUGUUAUUUUUAUGAUCUCUUGAGCUAUUCAGUUUGUAGUGACCAUAGUUGUCAGUUUUGCCAUCUAGAGAUCAAGUGUAGAAAGGUUUGUUGGUACUUUUGGGAAACAGCCUAUGUGAUUAGAUGAAUUUCUGUGUCCUCUAUGCGUAUUUGCAUUGCAGAUUAGAGCUUCAGUUUUAUGUCAAGACUCUUUGAGACUUGCCUUGAGAUCUGGUCAAAUUGGCAGAACUGUAGAGUGGAUCACUUUGUAAGGUGGAGGAUGUACUAUAUUGCAUUCAUUUCAUAAUCUGAAGAAUAGUAUUUGGAAUAAUGGCAACAGGAGACCUUCAAGGAAGUUUAAGAAAAAUAGAACAAGGACUUCGCUUGAUAAAUUAUCCAAAGGAUGUGGAUUAUGCAAUGUUAGUAAAGGGUGAUCCAGCUGCAUUUUUACCUAUCAUCAGCUAUUCUUUUACAUCUUUUUCAACUUACAUAGCAGAACUUUUGGUAAAAUGUGAUGUGGAACUCACAGCGAAGAGUGACUUGCGUUUUAUUGAAGCUAUCUAUAAGCUUCUUCGAGAUCAAUUUCAAUAUAAACCAAUUUUAACAAAACAGCAGUUUCUUCAGUUUGGCUUUGCGGAAAGAAAAAUGCAGGUUGUUUGUGACAUUAUCGACUCUGUGGUGAAAAAACAUAAGGAAUUAAGUAACUCGAGUAAGGUUAAGUGCCAAGCAAAGGAAAAACUCAGAUCUUUUAAAAGCAAAGUAUGGUCAAAUUAUGAUAAAGUCCUUCCUGAUUGUAGUGGCAAUGCUUUGAAUUCUAAACAGAAGCCUCUAGUGGAACGACACUCGGGAAGUGAAGUUACUGAUGACUUCCAUCCAUUACCGCUUCCAACACAGGGAGGUAAUGAAGAAGCGUACCAAGAUCACGGUGUUGUGGAAGUUAAAUGUGAUCAAGUCACAGAAGAUAAUUCUCAGAUUGAGUUCAUAAAGAGUCAGCUUGCUGAUUGCCAGGAAAAGCUUCAUAAGUUAGAUUGGAUAGAAGAUAAACUACAUGUUUUAGAAGAGAAACUGGAAGGAAAGGUGAUCAUAGAUGAGAAGGACUGGAAUAACUUGUUGAGUCGAGUUUUGCUUCUUGAAACAGAACUGUUGUUGCAACCCCUGAAGAGAGAUGUAUCUACAGAGUUCAGCAAUAUAGCUCAAGAAUGUGCUUCUAGUAGGAUUCCAGUUUCUCCUGAUACAGAGAGGAAAGAGGACAUGCCAGAGAGUCUUCAUCAGCUGUCUGGGUACAGUUCACUGUUAUCCACAAAGCCAUCUCCCAAAGCCAUGACCGUUAAUUCUCAUGGUCUGACAGACAUUUCAAAGGACACUACAAGAAGAAGAAUGGAAAGGAUAAGUAAAAUAAUUGAAGAAACCUUAGAAUUGUUGAAAACCUCAAGCAAUGCCUCUCACAAGACAUGAAAGUGCAGAUCUUCAGACCUGAUCUCUGUAAUGUUAUGGAUAUCAGAACAAAUACGUAUGUUUGUACAGCAUUCAAUUUUUAAUUUAUCAAAUUUGUAAUUAUCCACUAUUGCUUUUAUUCUUUUGAAUAAAUAUUUUCUAAUGCAUCUCCGUAUUGGUUUCUCUUCAGCCCUGACUUUUGGUUUAAAAACUGUUCAGAUAGCUUCCCCCCAGCUUUUGUAAAGUGAAGACAUUAUAGCAGUGUAUGUUUGUGUUGACAUUUGUUAGCAGUGUGCCUUUCAAAGUGCAAGCUUGAGCACUGUGGUUUACAUCCUGCUGGAAACAUUCCAGCUGGGACUUGCAUAUUGCACCCAAGAGGCUUUCUUACAUACCAUCUUACCAUCUGUUGUCUUAAUGUUGUUGUACUAUUGUCUUAAUGAAAACUUAAAUACUCAGUUUAAAAUGUGUAUCCUUUUGCUGUUUUUUACUUAAAUAUAAGUUUUCAUGCUGAGCUGGAAAGCACUAAUGCGUUAUGGCUUCCAUAAACACUGACAAAGUGAGGGUCAGUUUAAUCCUAAACAAUAGAAUGUGCAAGUAAGCCCAUAGGCUUUGACUGCAAGAGGUGUGUUGAGUGUUUUAGUGUUCUUAACCAACGCAUUUUAAGACCAGCAGCACAGAUGGAGUCCAUCCAGUAUACAAAGAUGCACAACAGUUUUAUGAUUUGAAGCCAUAUUGACAUUUCUAUUUAGAGACAUAGGUAGAUUCCAUGAACAUGAUGUGAUCAAACCAAAGACAUGGUGAGGCUUGAUUAGGUUUCAUUGUUUAUUAUUGUUUGCAUAAUGGUAACAUAUAAUAUGAAGGUUUCUUUGUGCUGUAAUACUUCCUUAAAAAGAUUUUUUGAGUUUAAUAUUACAAAACUAGUGGCAGAGUUUGUUUGGCAGAGUUUGGAAGUGAAGGUAAAAGCGGUUGUAUGACAUUAUGCUGCCAGAAGUGAUUCUGUGUUUGAACAAUAAUUAUAUUUUUUUAAUAUAACUGUAUGGAAUUAAGAUUACUUAACUUCACAUAUAAAUAGAAGAGCAUACAGUGAUCCAUUAUGCUAUAUAAACUGUUCUUGAGGGGUUUUGGACUUUUACAAUAGAACUUAAUUUUCCACUUGUUUUAAAAAAAAAAUGUUAGAUGGUAUGAACAUCUUUUGCUCCCUAUUGGAAAACAGAACUUGCAAAUCAUUAUUUUAACAAUGAAAUGAAAUAUUCUAACUGUUAUUCAAUUAGAUUCAAUUCAACAGAAAAAAGGUAAUAUUUGCUAAAUUAGGACUAUAGCACCAUCUUGUGGGAAUCUUCAUACAAAGUAAUUGCCAAAGUAGGAAAAAAGUAUAUUCCUAUACAGUUAAAUUAAUUGUUUUAAAACAAUAAUGAUCAAAUAUUUUGAAAUAUUAUGUCUCUUUAUGUUUUUGGGUUUGCCUUGGAUUUGAAGAUGCUUUUGACUUAAGUAAGUAAGAUUGUGCAUGGUGUUUGAUAAUGUUCGUGGCAGGAACCAGAGCAAUGAAUCUACUGUUUGUUGGUGUUAUGGCAAAAAGGUUAGUCAAUAUAAAUGAUUCAAGUUACAGGGGUUUAUCAUUGAAUGCAUCUGAUAGAUGCUGCCAUAUAAAAUACCUUUCCAUAAGCGUGCAAUUACAUAUUGUCUCUGUAUGGUACUGCAAAACUGAACAUCCGGAGUUGUUCAGCGGUUUCCUUCUUCUGCAAGCUUAAAUGCAGUACUUUCCUCUGCACAAGGGGAUUCAGUCUUUGUAAUCAAAAGCUUUGCUUCUGCUGUUUUCAGCACCAAGCAGGGGCUUCUUUGAUCAAACUGAAGCCAAGAGCAUUAUUCCUGUUAGGGCAUUGGAGCUGGUUUUCUAAGGUCUUCCUUUCACAUGUGCUUCUUUUGAAAUGAGAUUUGAUUUUUGGAACAUAGUACCAUCUUCUGAAAAAGAAAUAUUUAAUAGUACAUUCAAACCUUCUUUACAUGUUUGAGUUAUAUAUUUUAUUUUGUGAUUCAUUUCUCUCAUUGCAAACAGCUAGUACUAGUAAUGGUAUAUGGCACAGUAAAACUUCACCAAAGUGGUGCAAUACCGGGAAAUAAAUGUCAUGACUAAAGAUAGCAACAGUUUUUUAAUACUUACUGGUGCAAUGCUACUUUGAGUAUUGUCACAACAGUCAAAGAGUUGACGUUCUACAUGUGCAAUAAAUUGCAUGGCUGGAUCUUACCGAGAAACAGGAAAUGUUAGAUACCCUCCAAAACACUAAAUAAUCCAGAGAAGGUUCCUCACCGUAGCUUCUACUGUGCCUAGCUCUUUCCAAUGUCUUGAAAGAAAUUCCUGUUAGUCACAGUUUAGCUCCACCCAGCUAAAUUUCGGCAGCUAAAACCAUGCAGUUGAGCUUUCAAAAAUCCUUCCCCUCCCUCCUUGCAGGGAAAGGGGAGAGGGAAAUGAGAGGAAAAAGACUUGCAGGUAGGAAAUUAAAAUUACAGCUUUAAUGAAAUAAUAAUAAUAAUAAUGAAAAUAAUAAGAAAGUAGUAAAAUAUACACAAAUAUAUGACAUCGUGAACCCCUCCUCCCCCUUGUUAACUGUAUUAUGUCACCAUAAAUACUGUAGAGCAGACAGAGAAUGGGUUUCAUGGCUAGGAGGGAGCUGGACUUGGGAACUGGAUUCAGGAACACGUGGACCUGGGAUCAAGAACAACCAUACAGAUGAGGUCCUCACUGGAUGUCAGCCAUUGCUGAAGAAAGGAAGACCCUCUCAGUUUUAUAUCAAGUAUGACAUAUAUGGGAUGGAAAUCCUCUUGAUCAAUUUAGGGUCACCUGCCCUGUUCUCCCCUCCUUGCAGGUGCGGUCCCGUUCCACCAGAUUGAGGAUGGCCUUGGUUAAGUAUAAGGAUUGGCCUUUCUGCCUACCAAUGCCUUGUGUUAUCCCUUAGGGAGAAGAGCACUGUCUCAAAAACAUGCAGUUAGCUUUUGGAGAAUAAUUACAACAACUGAGUUAGUCACAAAACUGACUCUAAUUUAGCUCAAACCAGAACACUGUUAUUCAAGGUUUAUGUUCUAUGAUUAUAAAUCAUUAAACUGCUGUUUCUUAAUACAACUGAUUUUUUUAGUUUAAAAAUAUGUAUUGUUAAUUUUAUAAUUAAGGAAUUGCUUGACAACUCUACUUAAACAUCAAUAGUGUAAUUCCACCUUCAGUAACUGAAAGUAUUUAUGCAUUGUGUGGGAUAAUGAAGCAUAGUUGCAUUAAAGUAGAAUGCUAAAACUGAAACUUCUACAAAAAUAAAUGUAAAUUAGAUUUUUUUUUUUAAGCAGGAUUCUGAAAUCUAUUGAAAGUUACAGGAUUCCCAUUAAGAUUUUUUUUUAACUCUGCCUUAUCAAAUAUCAAUAUUCACUUUAAGUUUUUUACUGAAGUUAAAACAUGCUAUAGAAAACAUAAGAAUCCUCUUGCCCCAAACCUGUAAUAUUGAAAAGCAGUCUGAUAACACCUUUUAGUUAUACUUUGAGUUGGUGUAUAUACAGCUACAUGUGGCAUUUCAGUGCUCCAAGUCAUAAAUACUAAGAAAAUUAUUGCAGUUAUGACACUAGAAUAUAUUCUUUAUUAUUUAAACAUCAAAAGUAUUGCAUAUCACUCAAGUUUGCACCCAAGUAUGAGACAGACUGGGUUCAGUUACAUCCCGUUGUUUAUACUUAACUUGGAAUUAUUUUGCGUCAUCAGAAGUGUAUUCAGAGCUCAAAGCCGUAAUUACCAAGUGUGUCCUAUUUCCUUAUGAGUAUAUCCUAAUUUCUUAUGCUUAUUCUUGAAGUUCUUUUAUGUGUUUUUGUCCUGGUUUAGCCUUACUUCACAUGUCAGGAUCAAUUCAGUUUCUAGUCCAGCAAUGAACAGGGUGCAGAAGAAACCUGGGUGGAAAGUAGUCUUGAGAUCACUUCCACUAAGGAGAAAAAUCUCUCCUGGAAUUUGCAGAA